AACCUUGUUUUAAAUUGUUUUUAAGUGUUUUUUAAACGUUCUUGAAUUCAGAAGUAUGUAAAACAUUCUCUUCUCUGAUGUGAGAGGGUGUGUUUUUACUCAAUAAAGGACUAGCCAAACAUUGCAGCCUUAUUGUUCCAUCAGGAAAGACUGUACAUACUAGUCUGACUACAACAGGUGAAGCUUUCUGUUUUUGUUGAACAUGGCUUCAACACUUUCUCUCUACCUCAUGUGUCCAGUGUGUUUGAGUGACUUCAACGAUCCAGUAAGUUUACCUUGUGAGCACGUUUUCUGCCGACAGUGUAUUACAAGUUAUUUGGAAUCACAUGAAGGUGCUCACAAAUGCCCGGAAUGCAGACAAAACUUCACCAGACAGGAUCUUAAAGGUAACCGAGUGCUGAAAAAUGUUGUGGAUGUCUUACAACAACAAAAACUCAAGACAAGACAACAGACUCCAAAGAAUGCUCAAGAAAUGCUGUGCUCUGAGCAUAUGGAACCACUUAAACUUUUCUGUGAGAAUGACCAGAGAUUGGUUUGCCUCAUCUGCAAGGAGGGAGAGAAACACUGUGGACACAGUUUCAAGCCUGUAAAGGAAGCUAUGGAGAUCAGUGAGAAGGUGGUGAGGGAAGCACUAAGAUUUAUUUUACAUGACAACAAACAAAUGGAUGACAUGAUCUUGAGUCAGAUGCUUGAAAUCAAAACGUCUAAGGAAAGGGCCAAACGACUUGAGGAAAAGAUGCAUGUUCAGUUUAACAAAAUGCAUGACUUCUUGAGAAAAAAAGAGGAAGAAAUGGUAAGGCAACUCCACAGACAAGCAAGCAGUGCUGAAGUAACAAUGAAGCAAAAUGCAUCAUUUUUAUCAAAGUUGCAAAUAAAUGGAAACAACCAGGAGUCCAUAUUAGAGUCAGGACUACAGAUGAGCCAACCUGAGAGGUUUUUAGAGUGGUGGAGUGAAAAGGGUUUCCCUUUGGUUGAUACAAUCACACUCAGUGAGAACAAAGACAUCAAGUCUGCUCUGCCAACCAAAUUUAAAUCGAGACUUGAUGGUACUCGAGUGAUUUCUGACCACUUCACCCUUGGCCCUUAUGAAACUGACCUGCCACUAAUUGUUUGGAGAGACAUGCUAGGCUCAGUUAAACAAGACCUAUCAGAUACAUCUACAAUAGACAAAGACCUGAAACUGACUAUUAAAAAAGAGAGCCAUCUGCAGUCUCAAGGGGAAGAUUACUUUGCCAAAUUUCAGAAGUUUCACAAUGGUUAUAAGGACAAUUAUGUGGAGAACAUACACCCUGGUCAGGUGUACUGGGAGGUUGAUGUAGGAGCUGAAGCAGGAUGGGAACAUGGACUUACAGUUCGAUUUUACCCAAAGGAGAAAAAAGGUUCUGUCUGGCAGACAUUGUUUUCUAAAAGUUUUGAGAACAUAUCUCUUUCUGUAAAGAAUGACAGACUGUAUGCUGUAAGGGCAGGUGAAGAAACCCUAAUCGUCACCCAGAUUAUACCCAGCAGAGUCGGGGUUUAUGUAGACAGUGAGAAACGUCAGGUUGUAUUUUGCAAUGCAGACAAUAUGUCUCUCCUUCACACAGUGUGGUGUGGAGAUAAAUAGAUUAAUAUAGAAAUCAAAAAUUCCAUUUACUAAACCUGCUUUAAAUUUUAAGUGACAUUUAUAAACCAUUUAGUCUGAGAAACGGUCUGGUCAUCCUAUUAAUUUUGAUAUAAAUUAUAAUUAUUGUAUAAAUUGUGAUUAUUGUUAUAAAUCAAUUUUGUUAUUGUUAUAAAUCUUCCUCAGUCUGCCUAUGCUGGUAGAAGACUGUUACAGUAAUACAGUUUUGGGUACUAGACUAAAACUCUGAUUCUGGGUAUCAGAUAAAGCUUUGGUUUUAAGUAACAUCAGACAAAAUUUAGAUUUGCUGACAAUCUAACAAAAUAAACAAUUUGUCCAACAAAAUGUCAUAUGAUGUGGCUUGUCAUGUUUAAACUGGAUGUUGGUGUGUAUAUUUCCUACUUUUUUAAAAUAAAUGUUUGUACAGGGAUUUUGGUUCAUAUACUCUGAGGAGUCCUUGCUCCUACAAAGGCUCAUGUAUUAACUGGCAUAUUCAAAAAUGAUGAAGACAUCUGUAAUAUUUAAGUGAAAGAAUAAAAGUUCAUCCUGUUAAGGCCUGGAAUACUACAUCUGACCACAUUUUAAGUGCAUAGUAAUUGUUGUAUAAAUUGUGAUUAUUGUUAUAUGGGUACUAUGUUAUAUGUUUUGGGUACUAGACAAAAACUCUGAUUCUGGUACCAGACAAAACUUUGUUAACAGGUUUUGGGUACCAGACAAAAUUUAUAUGUGCUGACAGGAUGUACAUAAUUGCAUUUUGCCCUGAUGUGGAUUACUUUUUGCAUUCUUUAAUAAA